CAGCGCAUCUUUCAAUAUGCCACAAAGUGGGAUUUCCUCGCCUACGCGGCGGGCUUCUUCUGCGCCAUUGGCGCUGGUGUCACGAUGCCCCUGAUGAAUGUCAUCUUUGGACGUUUUGUCGGUAAUUUCAGCAGUUUCUCCAUUGGUGAUGGUCAAACGCCAGAUGACUUUAAAGCCACAAUCAACAGGCUCUCCCUCUACAUGUUUGCCCUGUUCAUCGCUCGCUGGGGUGCCGGUUCCAUCAACAAGUUCGCCUUUCGUAUGAUUGGCAUUCGCCUGUCGUCGGCGAUCCGUCUGCACUAUCUCCAGAGGCUCUUCGGCCAGAGCAUCCACGUCCUGGACUCCAUGCCCCCCGGCUACGCCGUCAGCACCAUCACGUCGACCAGCAACGUCCUCCAGCUGGGCAUCUCGGAAAAGCUUGGGGUGUUCGUCGAGUUCACCUCGCUGAUGAUCGCUGCCAUCAUCGUAGCCUUCACCUGGAACUGGGAGCUCGCGCUGGUGACCUUCUCCGGCGUCGUCUUCAUCGUCACGGCCGUCGGUGUCAUCUUACCCUUGGUUCUCAAGGUCCAUGCGAAGCAAGGCAGGGCGGACGCCAAGGCCGGUGCCGUUUCCAGUGAAGCUCUGGCGAGCAUUCGCAUGAUCAUGGCGAGCGGUGCUGAAGCCAGGACGUCAAAGAGAUUCGCAGAGCACGUCGCCGAGGCGCGAAAGCAGGCAUUGCGCUUGUCGCCCCUGAUUUCGGUCCAGUUCGCCCUCGUCUUCUUUGGUGCAUUCGCCUCUUUUGGCCUUGCCUUCUGGUACGGCACCAGGAUGUACUCCCAGAACAAGAUCGACAAUCCUGGCGUCGUUAUUGUCGUUCUUCUAUCCGUGAUGAUGAUUGUCUUCUCGAUGGAGCGCAUCUCGACGCCACUCCUGGCUAUCGGCAAGGCCAGCGUCGCCGCCUGCGAAUUCUUCACUGUCAUUGAUGCACCACAGCCAAACAAGGGUCACCUCAAAGAGCCCGACGUGCAUGCCGACGACGACCUUGUGUUGAGCAACGUGACCUUUGCCUACCCCAGCCGCCCGCACGUCAAGAUUCUGGACGACCUGAAUCUGACCUUGGAAGCCGGCAAGCUGACCGCCAUCGUUGGUCCCUCUGGAUCUGGAAAGAGUACCAUUGUUGGCCUGAUUGAGAGAUGGUACACGCUGAGGGACCAGCACGUGAUUGCAAAGGCGAAGGAACAGGAGAAGCAAAAGAAGAAGAAGAAGGCGAAGGAAGAGAGUGAGGACGACGAUCCUACAUCGAUUGCCGAGGAGGAAGAGACCGGUCCGCCCAUCGCCCUGAGCGGUACUGUCGAGACCAGCGGCCACAACCUGGACGAGAUCGACCUCACCUGGUGGCGGUCACAGAUCGGGCUCGUGCAGCAGGAGCCCUUCCUGUUCAACGACACAAUCUACAAAAACGUUGCCAACGGCCUCAACGGCUCUCAGUGGGAGCACGAGCCCGAGGAGCGCAAAAGAGAACUGGUCAAGGAAGCAUGCGUUGAAGCCUUUGCCGAUGAAUUCAUCGACAAACUUCCGGACCGAUACGACACCCUUGUCGGAGACAGUGGCGCAAGGCUGUCUGGCGGCCAGAGGCAGCGCAUCGCCAUCGCUCGGUCCAUCGUCCGCAAACCCAAGAUCCUCAUCCUUGACGAGGCGACCAGCGCCAUCGACGUACGUGGCGAGCGCAUCGUGCAGGCCGCCCUCGACCGCGUUGCCAAGGGGCGCACUACCAUCACGAUUGCCCACCGUCUCUCGACUAUCAAGAAGGCUGACCGCAUCGUGGUACUGAAGAAGGGCAAGGUCGUGGAGAGCGGCACGCACGACAGUCUCAUUGCCAGCGAGGGAGUGUACAGGGGCCUGGUCCAGGCUCAAGCUUUGUCGUUGGGCGAGCCCAGCGAAGCCGACGCAAAGACCGCCGAGGUCCAUGAUGACGACGAUGAAGACUCGUUGACGCGCAAGAAGAGCGAAGCACAGUCCGCACUCGCCGAGCAUGACGAAGAGGACAAGGCCAAGAACGCGAAGCAGCGUGGCCUGUUUAGCAGUUUCGGCCUCUUCUUCUGGGAGUCCAAGAAUCUAUGGCUGCUCCUGGCGCUGGUCGUCUUCUUCGCCGCCUGUGCGGGCGCGGCCAUCCCCAUCCAAGCCUGGCUGUUUGCGACGUCCAUCGACCUCUUCAAGUACGGCAACCCCCCGUACCCACCAGGCAAGCUCAUGGACGAGGCCAGCUUCUGGUCACUCAUGUGGACCGUACUCGCCAUCGGCGUCUGUCUCGCGUACCUGGGCACCCUGGCCGCGUCCACCCGCAUUUCCGGCACCGUCAGGGCCAAGUAUCAGCAGCAGUACUUUGACUCCAUCCUGUUCCAAAAGGCAGCCUACUUUGAUCACGAAGACCGAUCGCACGGGACGCUCACCUCGCGCGUGGCCGAUGACCCAAAGCAGCUCGAGGAGCUCAUGGGGGCCAACAUGUCCAUGGUGUACAUUGCCCUCUUCAACCUGACAGGCUCCGUCAUCAUCGCCCUCGUCUUUGCCUGGAAGCUGGCCCUCGUGGCCAUCUGCGUCGUCCUCCCCAUCACCCUGGCUUCCUCGUACUGGCGUUUUCGCUACGAGCUACAGUUUGCCAAGAUGAACAACGAUGUUUUCGCCGACAGUUCCCAGUUUGCGUCCGAAUCCAUCGGUGCCUUCCGCACCGUGACCUCCUUGACGCUCGAGGAGCCCAUCUGCCGUCGUUUCGAGACGUUGUGUCGAGGCCACGUCGUCACGGCGUACAGGAAGGCUCGUUGGGUCAGCAUCAUCUUCGGCCUGGCCGACAGUUCGACAAUGGCCUGCCAAGCGCUGCUGUUCUACUACGGUGGCCGGCUGCUGCUGCGCGGCGAGGUCGACCUGAUCGCCUUCUUCGUCUGCCUCAUGGCCGUCAUGAACGCCGGCGAAUCUGCGGGCAACAGCUUGAGCUUCGGCCCCAAUGCCGCCUCGGUCACCGCGUCCGCCAACCGCAUCCUCGACGCCCGAGAGUCCAGGCUCCGCGACGAACACACCGACGAGCAGGGCAUCCCCGGGAGCGAGGGCGGUAUGAAGAUUGAGCUGCGCAACGUGGGAUUCAAAUACCCGUCGCGCGACGACCCUGUCUUCAAAGACCUCAGCCUGACCAUUGAAAAGGGCCAGUUUGCCGCGCUCGUCGGCGCCUCGGGCUGCGGCAAGACGAGCAUCAUCUCGCUCCUGGAGCGCUUCUACGACGUUGACGCGGGCAAGAUCCUCGUCAACGACGUGGACAUUACCGACGUCAACAUUUACGCAUACCGGAAACAUCUCUCCCUGGUGGCUCAGGAGCCUACUCUGUUCCAGGGCACCCUGCGCGACAACAUCCUCCUGGGUGUCGACGCCGACUCCGUCACGGACGCGCAGCUUCACGCGGCCUGUCGCGACGCCUCCAUCCACGACUUUAUCGUGUCGCUGCCUGAAGGCUACAAUACCAACAUUGGCUCACGGGGUGUCUCUUUGUCCGGUGGCCAGAAGCAGCGUGUCUCCAUCGCCCGCGCGCUGAUCCGCAACCCGCAAAUCCUGCUCCUCGACGAGGCCACAUCCAGUCUCGACUCGGAGAGCGAGAAGCUCGUCCAGGCCGCGUUUGAAAAGGCAGGCAAGGGACGCACCAUGGUCUGUGUGGCACAUCGCCUGGCCACCGUGCAGAAUGCUCAUGUCAUUUUCGUUCUCGGUGAGGGCGGCAAGCUGCUGGAGAAGGGGAACCACGUGGAGUUGUUGAAGAAGAAGGGUGUCUACUACCAAAUGUGUCAAAGUCAAGCACUCGAUCGGUAGAGGAGUGUUUUGUAAAAAGAAAAGCUCGCAUUGUUUGGCGUAAUGGUUGGGAAAUCUACUUCACUCCCAGAGAUGAGUGCAUCAUUUGUACAAUCA